GAAUUACAGAGAACACCCCGCUGCAAACUCUCGUGUUUGUGCGAAAACAGACAAUAGUCAUUACUUUCCCCGCUGGCAUAGUUUCUAAUGAUCACAUUAGGGAUUCGCUCAGAGAAAUGACAAUGUUGGGAAUGUAUGUGCCAGAUAGAUUUUCUUUGAAAUCAUCUAAUGUCCAGGAUGGAAUCGGGCUUUACACGGCGAGACAAGUGAAAAAGGGGGAAAAGUUUGGCCCUUUUGCUGGAGAGAAGAAACUACCAAGUGAGCUGGAUGAGAGCACAGACACCAGACUGAUGUGGGAGGUCCGAGGUAAUAAAGGCGAUGUGCUCUAUGUUUUGGAUGCCAGUAACCCUCGCCAUGCCAACUGGCUGCGUUUUGUCCAUCAGGCGCCAUCACAAGAGGAGAAGAACCUGGCAGCAAUCCAGGAUGGAGAGAAUAUAUUCUACCUGGCAGUGGACGACAUUGAGACUGACACCGAGCUGCUGAUAGGCUACCUGGACAGUGAUAUGGAGGAAGAGUCAGAGGAGGAGGAAGAGGAAAUCAUCAAAUAUGAAGAUGAAAACAGCAAAGAUGCCAAACAUCUCGUUGAAAUGGAGCUGGUGAUCAAGAAGGAGGACCACCCGUGCUUGCUGUGUGAGAGCAGCUUCCCUAGCGAGGAGAUCCUAGCAGCCCACCUCCAGAGCCUGCACCAGAGACCCAGUACUGAGGAGAAGGAGUACAAGUGCAAGAACUGUGGCAAGAAGUUCCCCAUCAAACAAGCCCUGCAGCGCCAUGUUCUGCACUGUGCGGAGACCCUGGGUCCUUCAGGAGACUCUUCCAGAGCCCACCACCAGUGUUCCCUCUGCUACAUCACCUUCAGCUCAGAGUCCAGUUAUGAACAGCACAAGGAGGCGUGUAGAGGAGACACCAGGUUCAUCUGUAAGGCUGAGAGUUGUGGGAAGAGGUUCAAGAGCAAAGACUCUCUGAAGAAACACAAAGGGAAUGUCCACACAGGAAGUUCCAGGCGGAAGCUCAUGUGCACCAUCUGCAACAGGAAAUGUUCCUCCUUACUGAACCUCCAGGAACAUCGCACGGUACAUGAGAUAUUCGACUGUGCUGCCUGCGACAAGAAAUUCAUCUCGACCAAUCAGCUUAAGCGCCACAUGAUCACUCACUCAGAGAAACGUCCGUAUACCUGUGAGAUCUGCAGUCGUUCGUUCAAGCGUCUGGACCAGGUGACGGCCCAUAAGAUCAUCCACAGUGAGGAAAAGCCCUACAAGUGUAAGCUGUGUGGGAAGGAGUUUGCCCACAGGAACGUCUACAAGAACCACAAGAAGACUCACUCAGAGGAGAGGCCGUUCCAGUGUGAGGAGUGCAAGGCCCUGUUCCGCACCCCCUUCUCUUUACAGCGCCACCUGCUCAUCCACAACAGUGAGAGGACAUUUAAGUGUGACCAAUGUGAUGCCACCUUCAAGAGAAAAGACACGCUCAACGUGCACAUCCAGGUGGUACACGACGGACACAAGAAGUACAAGUGUGACCUGUGUGAGAAGGCCUUCGUCACCCCCUCUGUUCUCAAGAGCCACAAGAAGACGCACACAGGGGAAAAGGAGAAGAUCUGCCCAUAUUGUGGACAGAAGUUUGCCAGCAAUGGAACUUUGAGGGUUCACAUCCGCAGCCAUACAGGUGAGCGCCCAUACCAGUGCCCGUACUGUGACAAAGCAUUCAGCAAGAAUGAUGGUCUGAAGAUGCACAUCCGCACACACACUCGGGAGAAGCCAUAUAAAUGCAGUGAGUGUAACAAGGCCUUCAGUCAGAAGAGAGGUCUGGACGAACACAUGAGGACGCACACCGGAGAGAAACCCUUCCAGUGUGAUGUGUGUGAUCUGUCGUUCAGUCUGAAGAAGAUGCUGAGCAGGCACAAGCUGACCCACAACCCCAACAGGCCCAUGGCAGAGUGCUCGCUGUGCCAUAAGAAGUUCACCAGGAAUGACUACCUCAAAGUGCACAUGGAGAACGUUCACGGAGAGACCGAGGGCUAAGAAACCCAUCUAUUUGAGACAGUUUACUAAAGAUAAGGAUACAGUAUACUAUAUUUACAGUGUUAUACAUACAGGAUGACUUGCUAUGCAUUUCAUAUGUAGCAAUAAGCAGUGUUUGUUGCUAUUAAAUACUGUAUAUGCAAAUGCAGAAUAUGGAAAAGAUACAUUUAAAUAUUGAAACAAAUCCUGUACGUAUGAAUUAUGGAGUAUGAACAUUAGAUAUUCAAUUCACAGGGAUUUUUGGAUGAGGCACAAGACCCACACAGUUCUGAUCUGCUUCCAAACUGCCAUUUUCUCCCUGUUUGCCAUUUACAUCCAAUUUCAUUUUGAUAUGAAAGUUUGGGAUUGAUAUUUUGGCUUUGGGAUUGAUAUAAAUAUUGGGAUUGAUAUUUCCAGACUAUGCAGCACAAUACAAUAACUAGCCUAGUUCAAAAAGUCUCUACCCCACAGUCUGCUUCUAGGGUCCCACCUCAUGCCAACCAUACAGUGCCUUUACCACCUCUGCUCAGGUGUCUUACUCUGCCACAAUUAUUGUGACCAGGUACAAACUUUCCAAGGAGUUUCCAAGCCAAAGAUGUUUACCAAACACAGCCAGCCUACUCCCUUCCUCCAGCCCACGCAUUGCUUGGAAAUGUAAUGCAUUACCAUUGUCAAAGUUACUGUUACAGUUUGUCAAAAGAAGAAUGUUUUGUUAUGGUCAUUUCAUAUUCUGAGGGAUCAAGUAGUUUCUUUGUGUUUGCACUCCUGUUUUUGUAAUCCUGUAUGUUAAAUGGGAAGUGUAUUUAAUGGAUGGUGCAGUUAUGUUUGUUUCUCUGUAGAUUUUAUAUGACCAGACCAUAGCCUUCCUGUAUUCCACAGACUGUUACACAUUCCCUCUCUUUUACUGUUCAUCUCAAACUGUGAAUAUUUCACAUCACACUUCCAUGUUUUUACUUCAUAAAAACCUCAUUACCUACAAAA